GAAAUGAGAAAGGCGUGUGUUUUUUGCUGCACCAGGCUGAGGCUGAGCACACCGGAACCCAACCCGGACGUGUUGCCGUAAACUUAACCGUAAUGAAUAAUCGUGGAUAGGUCCGAACUUUGUAAGUGGAGCGAGAUUGGUUUCUGAGUUUUUUUGGGUCUCUUUGGUCAAAAACAACCAUAACACACGCAAUCCACCCACCCACCCCUCUCUCUCUCUCUCUCUGCCGUGAUUCCAAACCCUAAUCGCCACCACCCAAUUCUCAAUUCUCCUUCAUCAAUUCGAUUCAUUCUACUUUGAUCUCUCAAUUUUCUGUUACUUAAUUCGAUUCAUUUUCAUUUUUUUUUAUUUCAAUUUCAUCAGAACGGUGCCACAACUAUGCGUUUAGCUUUGCUCUAGAUUUUUCUUGAUUCACUUUCUGCUCAAUUAUUAGGUUUGAGGAUAUGGAUUUGGUAGCUGGUGUUAAGGAAAAAUUGACAUAUUUUCGUAUAAAAGAGCUCAAAGAUGUGCUGACUCAGUUAGGACUUUCAAAGCAGGGAAAGAAGCAGUCCUGAAGUUAAUAUGAUGUCUUGGAGUUUUUGGAUGAUAUGAUAAUGCCAGUGCUCUGUCUUCUGUAGGACCUUGUCGAUAGGAUAUUGUCCAUUAUUUCAGAUGAACAAGGUAAACUUAUACACAAAUUCAAACCUUCAGGGUCUAAUUCUAUCUUUAUGCUGCUAUACUAUGCUUUUGUGUUUGGGUUGUGAUGAUAAUAACUAAGCAUUGGAAGUUUCAACAAUAAAUGCAUAUGUAAAAUGUAGAUGUCAUGGAACAUUUACUAAGUUGGCUAUAUUUGCAAUGUUUUAUAUAUCUCUUCCAAUAUCCCAUUGAAAUAGUAAUUAUAGUUAUAGUUAUUGUUGUAUUUGUCUUCGGUUCACUUUGAUGGAAUCUUAGGACAUGGCCCUAAUUUUUUUCUCUCACCCAACGGUAAAUCCUCCUUGUUGAACAGUUAAAUUCAAGCUGUUUGCUUUCAUCCGGGCAGCUGUUUGUGCCCAAAUUUCAUUUAUUUCGCCGUUCUCUCUUAUUUUUUUUUUCUUGAUUGCCGUAGUCUAAUACUACAUCCAGUUCUUUAUAUAAGAGACAUAUGGGUCAGCAAAAGUUAUUGUAUUUGGUCCAUAAUAUUGGUUAUAUUCGAACAUAUAGCAUUUAUUGCAUUGUGCAUCUAGUUAAUUUUGUGAUUUCCAAUGUUAAUGUACCCUUCUCACUUAUUGUUUUUUCCACAUUAAAUUUCAAUUUAAUUUAGGUUAUUUUUACAUAGGUUGUGAAUCGUCGUGACUCAGAACAAAAAGAACCAGUUUCAUUGCUCACUACACAAAAAUGUUAUCUUUUGGUAGAAAUUGCUUCAAAUAUUGUAGUACCCACUUCACCUCAAAUGAAAACCUAUGUUUGCAGAAGAAAUUUCCUAAGCUAUUUGGGGAAAAUUCUCAAUUUUCUGUUUUGAUUCCACUUAUUUGCAUAAAUUCUCAUUAUCAUUCAACUAAAGCUCCUUCAAGGUCUUAUAGAAGAAGAGCUCGAAAUCGGUUUUUGAAAGCCAACAAACCUAUUCUUGACCAAGCAAAGUUUCAAUUUGCACAGUCUCAACUUCUCCCUAGGUUCACUCCUGAAGAAUUAUGCAAUGUUAUUGCUAAUCAACGUGACCCGUUGGUUUGUUUAGAACUUUUUCAUUGGGCGUCUCACCAGCCUAGGUUUCGACACGAUGUGUCCACUUUUCAUGUUACUGUAAAGAAGCUCGGUGAUGCAAAAAUGUACCAAGAAAUGGAUGAUAUUGUGAACCAAUUGCUUGCGGUUCCAUCUAUUGGGUCCGAGGCGUUGUUUAAUAUGAUCAUAUAUUAUUUCACUGAGGCGCGGAAGUUGACUAGAGCUGUUGUUGUGUUUAAGCAUAUGAAGAGUAGUAGAAAUCCAAAUUUCAGUUUUAGGCCUUCGAUUAGAACAUAUAAUAUUCUUUUUGGCGCACUUUUGAGUAAAGGAUACAACACGGAUAUAAACCUUGUGUAUAUGGAAACUAUGAGAGGUCUAUUUAAGCAAAUGGUUAAUGAUGGGAUAGAACCUGAUGUUUUUUCAUUAAAUUCUAUGAUAAAAGGUUACGUGCUUUCUCUUCAUGUUAAUGAUGCGUUAAGGAUAUUUCAUCAGAUGGGUGUGGUUUAUGAUUGCCAACCCAAUUCUUUAACUUAUGAUUACUUGAUUCAUGGGUUGUGUGCCAAAGGAAGAACAGAGAAUGCCAAAGAAUUGUAUCAUGAAAUGAAGACUAAAGGUUUUGUCCCGAAUAGUAAAACUUAUAAUUCGCUUGUCAGUUCUUUGGCACUCGUCGGAGAAGUUGAGGAGGCAGUAAAUUUUCUAUGGGAGAUGACUGAAAAGCAAAGAUCAGUUGAUUUUAUUACAUAUAGGACUGUAUUGGAUGAGAUAUGUAGACGAGGAAGAGUUGAAGAGGCCAUGAAGUUUUUGCAGGAGUUGCAAGAAAAGGACCUUGUAGAUGGCCAUACUUACAGGAAGCUUCUGCACGUGCUUGAAGAUGAUUAUGGGAAUUCAGAAAACAGAAUUGAUUCAGGUCCAGCUUUAAUUCCACCCGGAAAAUCUUGGUAAACUAUUGGAUCUGUUUGGCACAAAGUCCUCAUAAUUCAUAAGGUGCAGAGUUUGUCAGAUCUUAGAAUCCAAAGAAAGGGCCCUUCUGAGAAAUGUAGCUGACUUCAAGGUUGAAAACUUGAAUCGAGUAUGGAUCCAUUCUUUCAACUGCAAAACCUGAACAUAGUUGUGUGUGAGCUCAUUGUAAUGAACCUGGAUGAUCAGAUUUGUUAUGGCUUGAAAUUGGAUCCUACUAAAAUUCUUGAAGAAGUUACUGCUUCUUGAUCAAUAUAGACAAUUGACUUUGCAAUAUGCUUUUGGUGGUAGUGUAAUUUCCAGAAUAAUGGUUAGACAGGGUUGUAUAAGAUAAGAUAUCUCUGCCUUGCAUUCUCUGCCGUCUAAAACUAGAUUGGUUAUCAACCUUGAUAGAAAUUCCUUCCAUAA